UAUAUAUUAAAUAAUGAAAGAAAUAGGGAGAUCUGAUUCCUUAGGUAUUGUAAAGAAGAAAAGUUCAUCUGGCUGUUUGAUUAUUAAAAGAAAAAUUCCACCAACUGAUAAUAAUAAAAAUAAUGGUGAAAUUGGGGGAUCAUCUAGGAAUUAUAUUAAUUUUAUAGAGAAAAAAAGACCUAGGGUUGUUGUUAAGAGUGAUAAUGAUGAGUCCAGUGACGAAGAGCCGCAGUUUAGACGGAAAACCGAUAAGUAUAGUUAUAAUGAUGGGUCUUCGGGUUUUAGUAAUGUUUCGGGGUUUAGGGAAAGUAGAGAACUUGACAAAGAGAAAAGUAGGAUAGAUGGUUUUAACGAAAGGAGGGUUAAGGAGGAUGUUAGGUUUAAUCCACAUUGGCGAAAUGAGGAACAAAUGGAUUCGGGUUUUGCAAGUGGGAGUGGGAGUGGAAUGAAGAUUUAUGAUAAGCGACGGGAUUUUGUUUAUGAGAAUAACAGCGAUGUGGGUUUGGGGGGAAGAAGUAGUAGGGUUAGUCAUUAUGGGAUGACAGAGGGUGAUGAGCCACGUUUACCUGCUUCGGGUGAGAAAUAUAGGGAAGUUUCUGAUAAACCGAUUAGGUUGCAAGGGAAAAACGGUGUUUUGAAGGUUAUGGUAAAGAAGAAUAAGCCAAUGAAUGUUUUGAAUCAUGGUUAUGAUCAUGUAAAAGCGGAAGAUAGGACUGAUGCAGGACCGAUGAUUUAUAGAAAGGGACAAUUGAUUUAUAAAAACCAUGAUCCUUUGGAAGCUUAUAGCAAGAAAACACUUGCCAUGGGUUCUUCAGUGUCAUCUGCUUCAAAGCAUCAUGGUUAUGAUCAUGUAAAAGAGGAAGAUACGACUGAAGCAGGACCGGUGAUAUAUAGAAAGGGACAAUUGAUUUAUAAGAACAAUGGUACUUUGAUCAAGAAAACAAUUGCCACGGGUUCUUCUGUGUCUUCUGCUUCAAAACAUGUAUAUUUGUCCCGGAAAAGUGAUAUGGAACUGAUGAAUAAGGAUAAUGAUGCAGUAUUACCUUUAAAAUCAUCAGGUGUGCAACAUUCUGUCAUUGAAAAGCCGGUUGCAAGUGAAAAACGAGUAAGCCCACAGACCAAGAAUGUUACUCCAGUUAAAGGGAAAGAAACCAAGGUUAAACGUGGUAUUGGCACCGAAAAGCAAAAGUUACGAGAGAAAAUCAGGAGUAUGCUUCUUGGUGCUGGCUGGACUAUUGAUUAUAGGCCAAGAAGAAACAGAGACUACCAAGAUGCUGUUUAUAUAAAUCCUUCUGGAACUGCUUAUUGGUCUAUUAUUAAAGCUUAUGAGGCACUUCAAAAGGAAGAAAAGGAUCAUUCACAAGAUGCUGGGGACUUUACACCGUUACCUGUUGAAACUCUUAGCAAAUUAACUAGACAGACUCGCAAGAAAAUUGAAAGAGAAAUGAAAAGGAAGAAAAGAGAAGAAGGUAGAUCUGCAGUGGCUGCAGAGACAUCUAAAAGAAGAUUAGAGGAAGCAAGUCACGACACUGGUGAUGAUUCAAAUGAUGAUUUAUACAAUAAAGCAGCCAAAAAGAGAAAUAUUGGGGAUAAUUCUCAUGUGAUACAUGCACGAAAAACCAAUAAGCUUGGAAGAUGUACUUUGUUAAUUCGCAGCGAAGGGAAAAAAUCUGGAGAUGAUCAGUUUGUACCUGAUUCAGGAAAACGAACCCUUCUUUCUUGGUUAAUCGACUCCGGAACUGUUCAAAUGAAUGAAACGGUUCAAUAUAUGAAUGAAAGAAAGAUACGUAUUAUGCAAGAAGGCAGGAUCACAAAAGAAGGAAUCCAUUGUGGCUGUUGUAACCAAAUUCUAACAGUAACGAAGUUUGAACUUCAUGCUGGAAGUAAACUCUGCCAGCCAUUUCUAAACAUUUUUGUACAGUCGGGAAAGUCAUUGAUGCAGUGUCUGAUUGAUGCAUGGAAUAAACAAGGAGAGUUGGAAAGGAGGGGGUUUCAUGGUGUAGAUGUUAAUGGGGAUGAUCCUAAUGAUGAUACUUGUGGUCUAUGUGCUGAUGGUGGUGAUUUGAUUUGUUGUGAUGGUUGUCCAUCGACCUUUCACCAGAGUUGUUUAGGGAUAAAGAUGCUCCCUCAAGGUGAUUGGCACUGUCCAAAUUGUUCGUGCAAGUAUUGUGGAAUGGCCAACACGAGUUUCAGAGCUGAAAGUCCACUUUUUGUGUGCCACCUUUGUGAGAAAAAAUAUCAUAAAUUAUGCAGCACGCAGAUGGAUCGCAAGCCUAUUGAUCUCAAUGAUCCAAUGCUUUCUUUCUGUGGUGCCAAGUGCCUACAGCUACACAGUCAGUUACAGAAGCUUCUUGGGGUCAAGCAUGAACUGGAUUCAGGAUUGUCAUGGUCUCUUAUUCAUAGAUCAGAUAUAUCAUCAGAUACAUUUUCAUCAAUAGAACUAUCUCAGAGGGUGGAAUGCAAUUCUAAGCUAGCUGUUGCCCUGUCAGUCAUAGACGAGUGCUUUUUGCCUGUUGUAGACAGGAGAAGUGGGAUCAACUUAAUUCAUAAUGUUGUCUACAGUUGCGGAUCAAACCUUAGCCGGUUAAACUAUAGUGGCUUCUUUACAGCUAUUUUGGAGAGGGAUGAAGAAUUAAUUUGUGCGGCAUCUAUCAGGAUCCAUGGGACCCAACUAGCAGAGAUGCCAUUAAUUGGGACUCGCCAUAUAUAUAGACGGCAAGGAAUGUGCCACCAGUUGUUAUCUGCCAUUGAAUCUGCAUUGUCUUCCCUAGGUGUUGAGAAAUUGAUUAUUCCUGCCCUUGCUGAACACAUGCAUACAUGGGCUGGUGUUUUUGGUUUCAAACCUCUUGAGGACUCACACAGACAAGAAUUGAGAUCAAUGAAUAUGUUGGUAUUUCCAGGAACAGAUAUGUUGCAGAAACCCCUAGUUGUAGAGAAAGGUUCACGGCUACAUAAGACUAGUAUUGAAAUGGAAAAAUCUGAUCAAAAUCCUUCUGAUUAUAUAGAAGCUACUGAAAAAAUUUAUCCUGCAAAUUCAGACUCUCAAGCUCCUCCUAAGGUUCCUUUAAAUGACUCCAUCAGCUCUUCUGAGUCUGAUACCCCGUUACCAGUUUUAUCAAUUAAAUCGGAAGUUCUUUUAAAUUCUGCUGAACAGCUUGAUGGUGAUGAUACAAUACUGCAGAAUCCUGAAGCAUGUACUGAGAGUCUUGCACAUUCUGAUUCUACUGAAGCAAGAAAUGAACAUGAUGCUAUCCUAGCGAAAAGUGUUGUGGAGGAUGGCAAUGAGUCUACCGACAAUACUGCUAAUGCUGAUUCCAAAGCCGGAGAAUUGCCCAUGCAAAAUGGGAAUGUCUUGUCUACUCCCAAAACCAAUGGUGCAAAUUCCAAUCCACUCCAAGACCCUGAUAUCAUUUUACGUGAUACUGAAACUGCAGAUAAAUCAGUCUUGCCAAUCGAGUCUGUUUCACUAGAUGCACGGUCUGAUGCCAAUGUGGAAGUAUUCACGGCAAAGAUUGCAGAAAAGGAAUCAAUUUCUGUGUCCACAGAUUUGGAUUCCAACCUACAAGCCACUGAUGUGCAGAAUGGCAAGAUUUCUGAUGGUAUUUCAUCAGAAACUGAUGUGCAGGACGGCAAUGAGGCUAAUGAUGAAGUUGCUAAUGUUGAUUCCAAAGUAGAUUUUGCUGUGCAGCAUGGGAAUGUCUUGUGUACUGCUAAAAAGAGUGAUGCAAAUUUCAUUCCUCCCCAAGACCCUGAUAUGAUUUUACAUGAUGCCGAAACUGCAGAUAAAUCAGUCUUGCCAAAAGAGUCUGUUUCACUAGAUGCGCGGUCUGGUGCCAAUGUGGAAGUAUUAAUGGCAAAGACUGCAGAAAAGGAAUCAAUUUUCGUGUCCACAGAUUUGGAUUCCAAUUGUCAGGCCACUGAUGCGCAGAAUGACAAAAUUUCUGAUGGUAUUCCAACAGGAACUGAUGUGCAGGUAGGCAGUGAGGCUAAUGAUGAAGUUGCUAAUGCUGAUUCCAAAGUAGGACUUGCUGUGCAGCAUGGGAAUGUGAUAUCUACUACGAGAUCGACUGAUGCCAAUUCCAUUCUUUUACCUGAUACUGGAACUGCAGAUAAUCCCCUCUCUCCAAAAGAAGUGGUUUCUUUAGAUGCUGGGUCUGAUUCCAAUGUGGAUGUAUUUGUUACCAAGACUGCAGAAAAGGACUCAUUUUCCACGCCCGAAAACUUGAAUUCCAACAUGCAAAUCACUGAAGUGCAGAAUGAGAAGAUUGCUGAUGGUAUUGCAGCAAAAACUGGUGUGGAGAAUGGCAAUGAGACUGGUGACAAAAUUGCUAAUUCUGAUUCUGAUGGUAUUACAGAAAGAACUGGUGUGGAGGAUGGCAAUGAGACUGGUGACAAAAUUGCUAAUACUGAUUCCAAAGUAGAAGGAUUUGCUGUGCAGAACGGGAAUGUAACUUCUACUACGAGAGCAGUCGAUGCCAACUCUUUUCUUUUACCUGAUACAGGAACUGCAGAUAAUCUACUUCCAAAAGAUUCGGUUUUUCAAGAUGCACGAUCUCAUUCCAAUGUGGAUGUAUUCAUGGCCGAGACUGCAGAAAAGGAAUCAGUUUCUGUGUCUGCAGAUUUGGAUUCCAGUAUACAAGUCACUGAUGUGCAGAACAGUAAGAUUGUUGAUGUUAUUUCACUUGAAUACAAUUCUCAAAAUGAUGUUAUUUCACCCAAACCACAAUCACCUGGAUUGGAUCCUCAUUUAGCUGCAGAAAGUAAGUUCUCGACAGGUGUAUAAUAUAUAGGGCAAGAGGUGAAAUUCAUGUAAUUUCUGUUUAUGUUGUAUUGAUCUGCAAAAUGAUUCGUUCGUAGUUCCAGUCUUAAACCGUUUGGGGCCAAAUGAAAAGGUAAAUUUGUCUGCAAGUUGCUUGCUUCAAAGCUUGAUUUUCUGGUGCAGGAUUGAAAGAUAUAAAUAUAUGCUCGUGCUGGUAUAUGAUAGUUUGGAUACUCUCUUAAUGCAAUUAGAGUUUUACAUUGAAUUCCAGUGUUGUAUCAGUAGAAAGCUAAAAUAAACCACCUGUAUGAGGUCAAAUAGUUCCAGAGGAUCCCAAUUUUACGUGGGUAAUUUGAUUUUCCUUCUAUUUGGUAUGUAACAUAGUACAUUAUUCAACAAUCUUAAUGAAAGUGUAGCUGCUGCCAACAUAGUUUUUCUUGACAA